AUGCAUUCCAACGCUCUGCUUGUCAGUCUUUUCGGCCUUCUCGGUGUAGCAACAUCUAUGCCCUCACAGUAUGAGGUUGCGGUUGUUCCUCGAUCAGACGCUUCUUUAUCCCUCCGAUCUCCUCAACCUCAAGCCCCGGCCCCGAAACAAGGUACCACUACCAAGGUGGCAACAACGCCCGAGACUUCGGAUCCUCACGAUAAAUUUGAUCCCAAAGUGGUGAUUGGAGGAACCGUGCAAUGCCUUGCUGCGACUGCACCUCCCAAGAAUGAUCAACUCAUCGCGGAGCUAUCUAUCUGUGGCGGCAUCAAGGCGCCUAUCAACAAUUGCCCAGGCACAGAACAGACUUCAACGGGCACGUCGGGCAAGGCGCUUUGGACUCUGAACGCCGCGGCGGGCGAGAAGAUUAAUAUCUUCAAGGGAAGGUGGGAAGAAUGCUGCAAUGCUGGCCGAGCUACUUGCAACGGCAAGGCCUUCUCACUCCAGUGCGAGAAUGGCACGGAUGCGGGCAACCCAGUUACCAUUACGCUGUCAAGCAAAUGA